UUCUUCGUGUAGAUUACAAGGGAAGGUGUUAGUGCGGGCAGAAAUGAAGUCUUUUUUGAUCAUUUUGUCCAUAAUCGGUUUGGCCGCGUGCCAGCACUGGGGUGGACAGGCUGGAGUACCGCAGGACACGCCUGAGGUCGCUGCGGCGAAAGCUGCACAUUUCGCCGCUCUCGCUAAGGCUGAGGGUCAAGGUCAGCAGCAAGUGCCGCAAAACCAAUGGACGCAGCCUCAGCAGCAAGUGCCACGAAACCAAUGGACGCAACCUCAACAGCAAGUGCCGCAAAAUCAAUGGGCUCCUCCGCAGCAGGUUCCUGUGAAACAGUGGGUCCCUCAGCAGGCUCCACCGCAAGCACAAGCCCAACAACCAUGGAGGGGAGACCUUGCUCUUCCUCCUGGUUUCGACCAAAACGGAGCUCCUCUCCCUGUUCAGGACACCCCUGAAGUCUUAGCUGAGCGUGCCAGGCAUUUCUCCCUUUACUCUUCUGGUAACCACAUCUCUCAACUGGCUGCUCCAGCUCAGCAAAACCUGAACAGUCCUCCCGCUCAGCCUCAGCCCGUAUAUAACCCCGCCCCAGUCCAACCCGUCUGGAACCCGGCUCCUGCUCAACCGACCUACAACCAGGUCCAGCCCCAACCUGCUUGGAACCCAGCUCCGGCCCAACCCGCCUGGAACCAAGCUCCAGCUCAACCUACAUACAAUCAGGCUCAGGCCCAACCUUCCUGGAACCCCGCUCCAGUUCACCAGACCUUCAGCCAACAACAGCAACCCGGCCUUCCCGUCGAUACCGCUGAAGUAGCUGCCGCCAAAGCCGCUCAUUUCGCUGCUCAUGCUCAACUCGGUGGAAGAAAAUGGAACCAAGUUUGAAUACACUAUAAGAGUCAAGACUGCCCUAGUUUGUAACAUCCAAAUAAAUUUAAACAAAUAUUUAUAUUUUAAAAGUU